UCCAGGGAAGCUGGCUUCACUUCCGGGAGGCAGUCUGGGGCGGCUGCGCGUGUUGCCAUAGCGACCAUUUUACGUUAACUGGUUUGUGGGUUUCGUCCAGGUAGCGGAGCGAUUGCGGGAACAACUCUUUCUUCUCCCAUUCUGUCUCGGCCCGCUGCGGCCCUAGGGCCUUAGCAGGCUCCGGCGGUCUGGCCUAGGGUUCCACGGCGUCCCACGAAGCGGGAUGGCUGCGGAAGAAGAGGAUGAGGUGGAAUGGGUGGUGGAGAGCAUCGCUGGGUUCCUGCGAGGCCCGGACUGGUCCAUCCCCAUCUUGGACUUUGUGGAGCAGAAAUGUGAAGUUUUUGAUGAUGAAGAAGAAAGCAAAUUGACCUAUACAGAGAUUCAUCAGGAAUACAAAGAACUAGUUGAAAAGCUGUUGGAAAGUUACCUCAAAGAGAUGGGAAUUAAUGAAGAUCAAUUUCAAGAAGCAUGCACUUCUCCUCUUGCAAAGACACGUACAUCACAGGCCAUUUUGCAACCUGUGUUGGCAGCAGAAGAUUUUACUAUCUUUAAGGCAAUGAUGGUCCAGAAAAACAUUGAAAUGCAGCUGCAAGCCAUUCGAAUAAUUCAAGAGAGAAAUGGUGUAUUACCUGACUGCUUAACAGAUGGUUCUGAUGUGGUCAGUGAUCUUGAACAGGAAGAGAUGAAAAUCCUGAGGGAAGUUCUUAGAAAAUCAAAAGAGGAAUAUGACCAGGAAGAAGAAAGGAAGAGAAAAAAGCAGUUAUCAGAGACUAAAACAGAAGAGCCUCCAGUGCAUGCAAGUGAAACUGCAAAAAUGAACUCCCAAGGGGAUGGUGAACAUUUUGCACACCCACCCGCAGAAGUUAAAAUGCAUUUUGCUAAUCAGUCAGUACAACCUUUAGCAAGAAAGCCGGAAAUGCUGCCUGAAACUUCCUCCUUCCCACAAAAAGGCCUGAAGAUUCCUGGCUUAGAACAUGCAAGCAUUGAAGGACCAAUAGCAAAUUUAUCAACACUUGGAACGGAAGAGCUCAGGCAACGAGAGCGCUAUCUCAAGCAGAAGCGAGAUCAGUUGAUGUCCAUGAGAAAGGAUAUGAAGACUAAGCAGAUACAAAAUUCUGAGAAGGGAAAACCUGCUGGGGAAGCAGAGGAAAUGACAGAGAAACCAGAAAUGACAGCAGAGGAGAAGCAAACAUUACUAAAGAGGAGAUUGCUUGCAGAGAAACUUAAAGAAGAAGUUAUUAAUAAGUAAUUUUAAAAGCAAUUUAGCAAAAGUUCAAAUUUUCUUAAAAAUAAAUUAUUUAAUCCUU